GCGAGUCAGUUUCGCGUUGGCGGGCAGCCCAUACGGACUACGGUUUGGAGUGGAUGAUUGUAGGAGCAAACAUAAAACAACGUAACCGGUGAAUUGAAAUUGAAGCGAGUGAAUUAAGCGAGAAUCGUAUCUUGAGGGAAAAUAUCAACUCAACGAGACGAUUCCGAGGCCGCGGAUCGCAAAGCGCUCCUUUCUAGUGCACGGUUAUUGCUUUGCCGCAACCGUUCGGUUUACCAUUUCCCUCUGGGCUCAGUUUGGCUACGGUCUGCUUCAGCCGCGGUUUUGGCUCUGGCGGAAGAAAGCCCACGAGACCAAUUUAGCGCGGUGACAGAAGAAGUGCAAACGUUUGUGUGCUGCGUAUCGACAAAGGUGAAAAAUUGAGUUCGAAUUUGCAUCUUGCGAAACCGAAAAACGCGAACCGACGCAGCUGUUUGGUGAAGACGAGUGAGUUCAUCGAAAUUGCGCAGCUAAUGAACAGUUUCUUGGUUAACGAUUUGACCUUUUGCGAGAAUUUUCUCUGGCGAAAAUUCAAAAGUGGAACUAGUGCCGGCUAUCCGUUAGAAAAUCUGCUGGCAAUAGUGCACGUAACCAGUUAACUGAUCCAAACUCUACCAGUCACGUUUCGAUCCGGAAAACGAGAAACAAGAUCUUGAUCCUCGCCCAUCCGUGGACACGUUUGUUCUGUUCUGUGUCGAUGGUGUUUCAUUAUCAUUAAUUCGUGCUGUGAAUUUGCAGUCUUGGGACUAUCUGCAGACAUCAACAACAAUAAUACAACAACAACAAAAAACGGUAGCUAUCGGUGGGUGAGAAAACGGAAAGAAAGUUGAUCCGAGCGUCUCACGGUGUAGAGAGUGCAGCCGGCUGGAACCAUCGGCCCAACAGUCCGGGACCGAGAGGUUAAUGAAACUCCUACCCCAAUAAGAUCAAAGUUCGUCAAUUGGUUCAUGUGAAACCUUCGGCUUGAAUUUGCAUUCCGAAAGCUGUAUAAGUUAAGAAUAUCUCAGACAACAAAGGAAGUGGAAAAGUGCAUCAGUGUUUCUGUUACGAGAGCAAGUUUUUGUUUCCCGUUUAUUUUAUUUUGCUUUCAUAUGUGCCAGUGAACUUGAAAGUGUGGUUCAGCAGAGACGCUGCUAGUUGUGUUUAUUUUUUACGCAGAGGAUUGCCAGCGUUGGCACCGAUGCGGAUUCGAUUACCGUUGGAUUUGAGCGAGGAAUGAGCGCAAGUUCCAUUCGAAUAAGAUCGUACCUAUAAACUCCCAGUACGAACAUAACGGACACUCGGUUGAUUUCUACAAAUUAACGUUGGAACAUAUCGAAACAUUCUCCAUUAUUCUGAACGAACGCAUCCGCAAAUUGUGUUGGGAAAAACCUGUUGGGGAGGUAACCGAACUAUCAGAAAGCAAGUUCCCCAUCAUAGACAAAGUAAACCUUCAGAAAGGGUGUCAACGCAUAGCCCGGCAUCCUCGACAGUAAGCAAGUAGAAUCGGGCACGCACACACAUCUAGACAGAGAAAUAACUGAAACGAUACAAGUAAAAUAUGGAAGUGGUCGCAGCUACAUCUUCGACAGGCUCAGUUCAGACCGGGUCGGCACUACGUGGCCCCUUUCAGCGCGAGAUUCGUGAGUGGCAGCACGUUGAUCACAGUACGGGUGCUCUGCUGACAGGGCGGCUCGAGGCGGACCGCUGGGUCAAUGGACCCCUUAACAGCUUCGGAAAGAUGGUCACACACAACCUGUCCACCCCGGAUGGGAGCACCCAGCACACACAGAAGAAGCAGAUGGAAAUCCUUCAGGCUCGCACGUCGUCCGGCUCGCUGCAGGUGGUCCGUGCCCAAACCGUACAAACGACCUCGUCACGCUGGUCCGCCUCCACACUGCAUUCCGAGAUCUGCAACAGCAGUAGCACUACUAGCAAUAGUCAUAGUGGCUCACAUAUAGCCACCACCUCCAGCAGUAAGACCAGUGCACUAACAACCAACGGUUUUACGAGUCAUCAUCACCUACCGCAACAGUUCCACCGGCCGGUCAUAAAUUCUAGCAGAUUAUUGAGUACGGCAGCCAGCGGCAUCCUACACAGUGUUAACGCCCAACAUCAGAGUCCUCAACCGCUGAUCGCAGCACCGUCUUCGAUAACUAGCGGGGGGAGCCAGUUUGCCGGUACGACGCCACCAACUCCAGCAACCGUUGGCAGCAGACAGCAUUCCAACUUUAGUGCUUUCCAGCGCACGGGAGCAGUGCGCCGUAAGGAUGGAAUCGACUACAGCGGGCACCGGCAGCAAUUGGAUCACUUCGACAAAUUCAAAGAUAUAAGCGUGAAGGAAAAACCGGCCGACCCUGACAGUUUCCUAAGCCGUGGUAAGAGCAUUUCGAUCGAAGAUCUAUCCACCGAACGCGACGAAGCCAACUUCGAUGACGACGUCGAACCCACGCAGUGGAAGCGAGUUAGUAAAAUACGCCGUUCGCUACAGUUUCCAAGGAAAACUGCACCGAAAAUCAACGCCCGUCCGGCUGACCUGCCAGAAAAUUCCGUCAGCGUAAGAAAGAUUCGCCAAGAGCUGGAGAACGGUCGCCGAUUGAACACCGCCAUGAGAAACAAUCACAUCGAUUUCGUUGCGCUUGAUAAUAUACUGAAAAAUGUGGUCGAAUCUCCCACUCCAAAGGUUGAAACUCCCCGGACACCGACUUCAACGACUGCAGCUAAGCCACCAACGAGCACUUUUCUGACUGCAGAAUCACUCAAAGCAAUCCGCGGAAAACUUCGGAGAUUAAGUAACGAAUCACUCUAUCGGGACGAUAUGAGCCCCGGCGAAGAACGCAAAGAGGAUGAUGGUUCGGUAACAAUCACAGAGGUGGAAACGCGAAUGGGUCAACUUCAGACAAGCAGUUCGUCCGAAUCGUACAAAAGCAACAGCCUGGAGUCAAAUCGAAAAGGAUCUACGGACAGUAAUUCGGACGAUUGGCACUCGAGAAGGAAAUCGUAUGGAUUCGAGCGAAUGAACCAACCAUCCGGGUUCAUGGCAAAAAUGGACUCCUCGACUGAUAGCGGAAUCGGUCGUUCGUCGGACCUUAACUCUAGCUGGUCUAGCGGGGGAACGGAAAGCUUCCCACAUACGAGGGGCACUAUUGUAACGUUGGGGGAACUGGCGAAAGAAAAACCGACCAGCUCGGCAAUGGUGAUCAAAAUUACUAACGAAGGCCAGGAUAGUGUAAAGCUGAAUCAUCGAGACGAAGAAGUGAAACGACAUUCGAUAGCUGUCGAUGAGACUAGUUACGUAAGGGAUAGUGUGAAGAAUAUGUUCGAAAAGAAGUCGUCGGUUAGUGUCAACGGUUUUACCCACACAUUUAUAGAAGAUUUGAACCGAAACAAAAAGAAGGUAGAGUUUUGUAAAACAGAAGUGCAUUUCACUGCUGAUUCAGGACGAGUGAAUAUAGUGGAAACAGAUGAAAAGCCUCCACCGACUAAUGUCUUCCGAAGACGGCGCAGAUCUUCCGGAGGAUCCCUCGGGUCGUCCUACCUACAGGCGAUUAGCUCUGGCGUUCCGGUGACCCAUUUCGGUGAUUUGGAAAAAGAGAUCAACGAAUCAGAUUUGAAAGAUAAUCCCGUCUAUAGAGCGCCUUCAAUUGUAACGACGUCGGUAGGUCAUCCGGAGACGAGUCCUUGUAAGGCUGCCACAACAGCUUCGGAUGAUAGUGACAGUCAUUCAGCAGAUGAAAUAUCGCUUCGUGGAAUUCUAAAGAAUAAACCUUCCAAGCCAAAACCUUACGUUUUGGGUGAAAAUCUGGACAGCAGCGAAAGUUUAUGGGGCGUUAAAUUGCGGCCCGUGUCUACGGAACUUAAUUAUUGGAGUGGCGAAUCGGAGGAAAAGCAGCCGCUUCAAAUAGAUGAUACUGCGACGAACGGUGCUUUCUCGACAAAAAUCAAUUUAACUCAAUCCACUCCGGCAGUCUGUAAAAUUGACGAUUCGUCAGAAUCGAUUCCGAAAUCCACCACCAAGAUACUGAUCGGUAUGUCAAGCUCUGAUCCUGCCGCAAAUGAACGCAAUCAACUCAAAUCUACAUCCCUGAUCAUGCGAACGAUGCGUUCUGCAACUCAGUUUGAUAAUGCUAUGAAGAACCUGGAAGCCGCUCGCAGAGAUUCGUUGGAUAGUAAUGCCGAAGAGGAUCGUCGUUCUGCAUUCCAGUUGAUAUCCAGCACGAUCGCAAAGUCCAACUCUGCCAGUAGUAUCUACAAAGAGACUCCCAAACUCAGGGUGGCCAAAUACGCAGCUUCCUUGGAUGGUGACAUCGAUGACGAUGAACCACGCUAUCGAGCUCCGGUAGCUACGUACCGAAGACGAUCCACAAAUGAAUCGAGACUAUCGGACUUUGAGGCGUACAUCAGCAAGAACAGCAUUCGCCGGUCCAGUACGGAUGAAUUUCCCUCCGUCAGUAUGGUAUCGAACGUUACAGCCAGGCCAGUGGCAGCGCCCAGAAUGAAGAAGCUAGGUUCAAGCGUUUUGAGUCAUCAGUUAACUCAACUGAAGCGAUUAUACGAUGCGGCCGAACAAUAUGAUAGCGACGAUAGCGCCAAAGCUGAUGAAGAAGUCAAACUGUAUCUGGGUAAUCUGGCAGGAAACAGCGAAGAGAAAACCGGCAGUGAGCUGUCCGGUAGCUGGAGUCGGCUUAAAGCGAGAAGAAACAUUCAAAAGUACCGCGAUCAGGAUAUAAAAAUCACAGUGAAUUCUUCGUCAGAAUUUGAUAUAGUUAAACCUUCAUCAACCGGAACAACGACCACCACCAUCACGAGCGACAGUCAGCAAAAAAGCAGCAAUGUUAUGUCCAUAGCCCUGAAAAGCCCAUUGCCAGUUCGGCAACAGCCGCCGUCUAGCCCAGUGAAAACCCAGCAAACGCCAGCGAUCAAACCGCAACAAAUCCCAACGCAACCGCAACAACCAUCACCAUUCAAACGACACAUUCCGACUGCUAUUAGUAGCGAAACGAACGGCACAGCACGAAACGAAGAACGGGCCUCACUUCGGCUGUCGUCGGGUGCACGACAACUUCGCGAACAUGAACUGUCAUUCUUCGGUGUCAAUUCGAACAAAAAACAUGAAUCAUCGGCUUCCUCUUCGUCCACGUCGACGAAGGCUGCCGUAAACACUACACUCACCCGAUCCUCAACCCUUACAUCAUCAUUCAUUAAGCGUAACUCUAUUAACAUGAAUCCCUUGGUCACGCCAUCAACAACAUCCGCUAUCAAUUCUUCUGCCCAUAUGAAACCUCAAAAUGCUGCUUCGUGGCAGCUAACAAAUGACAAACCUGACUUGUUGCGGCAUAGUCAGCGUAUCGAUAAUGCCUCGAUUCACAAAACAAGCAGUGAUUCUUCAACCACGACUGCCCUGGGAAACAGUACUACCACAGUAUCAUCCCAUGAACCACACUACGAGAAUCUAGUCAAAGCUGUUGUGGAACCACCAGCUACAACGUAUGACCGCAAGAAAGAUCUUAAACGUGACGAACAAAUCCUCGAGGAACUGACACGUGCAGCUGAUGAGAUUAUGAAUGUUGUUAACAACAUGUCUAAUGCUGAAAGUACUGAAAGCCUCCUCAAUGAAUUUAGAAACACCAACAGCGGCUGCACGUUGGGGACGAUUCGGGAAUGCUCUACCACUAACAAGAUCAUGAAAUCACGGGGAAUCCAGGUGUCGAAAAACUUCGACGAAAGUCUGAAACGACAUCAACGAUCUGAUAAAGGUUCAUCCGCAUCGUCCAACGAGAAUUUGUUGCGACCAUCUCCAACGCCUAGUUCCACUGUUCGUUCCACACAACCUGUUGAUUCUCGUAACGGAAGCGGUCGUCGUAAAGUCACUAGUUCAUCCAGCGAAUCCCGCCGAUUGAUCCGAAUGUGCAGCAAGGAACGUCUUCAUCAAUCAAACGCCAGCUCAUCGGAAGAUUUGCCGAAUGCGACCGCAGUUGAGCCCCCUCGAAGACCACGCCGAACAAGACAUCACGUCAGCUCGGCCGAUAAAGACAAAGAUAGCCCCCGGAAUGGUAUGUCCAAAUCCUCGACCGCAGAUAGCCGAAGAAGUGAUGAAAGAACUUUGUCCACUCGAUCGCAUCGCAGCGAACGAUCCUCCACUAGAACAAGUAAAGCUCUCACAAGUAGUGCCCGUCCUUCCUCCAGUGUAAUACCGACCAGUGCGGAUCAUCAGCAUCAUCGCGUACACCGCAGCGACAAGUCCGGAACAUCCGUCCUAACCACUACAUCAUCCAAAAAGCAUCACCGGUGAGACCAGGCCAACAGCUGAGCAUAUGAAUGGUGAAACGUAGCAAGCCCGUGACAUUAGCUAAGACCUUGUUCCCCGCGUAUGUACAUCGGAUCAGUAAGCUGUCAACAUGUUUCGAUGAACAACAUGUCAAUAACAUGUAAGAAAGUAAUGUUUCAAAGGUUUUCUUCCAUUUAAUUCCACUAUGUUAACAUAGUGGAAUUAAAUGGAAGAAAACGUUUGAAACAUUGCGUACAUUCCACUAAGACCUCUGUUCGCGUAUAUAUUAUGUAAGAAAGGUAAAAAAAAAACUAACACAGAUCUCGAAUCACUUGAAUGUAAUUAACGAAAGUAAAAAUGCCGAAAAUGAAGAGAACGUAAACAAAUGUGAUGAGGGGUGAUAAGUGCUAUCACUUGAGAAAAAAACGCUACGAAAUAAUUCGAAAACUGAGCCAAGAGCGAUCGACCAUUUCCGAUCAUAUAUUAUGUUUAUACGCCGUCUCGCAGAACGCAAAACUGUUUAAUUUUUGUUUUUUUUUGGAAUAGAAGCUUUUUAUAUAGAAACAUCGAUUGUGUUCCUAUUACGGUUUGAUUCUAAUAUUUUUUACUAGGAAAAAAUACAAUUACUAAAUAUCCGAACUAUAGCGACUAACUAGCCGAUAAGCCUUUCUCUGGACACGAAACUGAGCGAAAGGAAUUCGACUGGUCAUUAUUAUUAAAAAUAUCGCUUUCGCACAAUCUCAAAAUGGGUUUAUUUUCUGCAUUAACGCGUUACUAACCAAGCUGAGUGAUGAACAAUAAAAUGUAUAAUAAACGGCGAAUGUAGUAGGUUUGUACACAUAUGUCUUUAUUUGUCACCACAGGGAGAUAUAGCACAGAUCUGUUUUUUUUUUGGGUUUGUAACAUUUUUGAACAAUUUAACACUUUACAAUGUUUUACAUUACGCCCACGAAUGAUAUUUAUACAAUUUCCAGAAGCAAUAAAAUAAUUAUAAAACUA